CGUCAAAUUAGUGCUUGAAGAGGCAUGAACAUUUAUUUUAAUUUAUCUGUUAACAUUACUCAACAAUGAAAGGGAAACGCCAGAAGAAUCGCAAGAAAUGUCUCCUUUUUUACAAAAACUUUUUCAAGUUUGAACCUCCAUAUAGUAUUCUAAUUGAUGGCACAUUCUGUAAGGGAGCCCUUCAAAACAAGAUUAAUAUAAUGGACCAGAUGCCAAAAUACCUAGAUGCUGAAUGUAAAUAUUUUACUACAAAAUGUGUGCUAGCAGAAUGCGAAGCUUUAGGAACUCUUUUAUAUGGACCACUGAAAGUUUUACGGCAGUUCCACGUCCAGCCAUGUCGACAUGACUCUCCAAAACCAGCCCCACAUUGUAUAAGAUCAGUCAUGAAAAGAAAUAAACACAAAUUCUUUGUUGCUACUCAGGAUCCAGAAUUUACCGAGUUGUUACGAUCACUGUCCGGUGUACCGUUGAUAUUUAUAGCCUUUAACACAAUAAUUCUUCAAUCACCAGCAGACAUGUCUAAAAAUGUUGCUAAUGAAAAAUUGGAGAGAAAACUUGCUCCCACAGACUUUGCUAUGAACCAAAUAAAGGAGCUCAAACGAGAAACAUUUGGUGAAGAACCUGAAAAAAAGAAGAAGAAAAAACAUAAAAUGAAAGGAAAAAAUCCUUUAUCAUGUAAAAAGAAAAAGAAAAGAACUGUUGAAGAAGUGAAUCUGAUUAAACAGAAAAAGAAAAGGAAAAAGGCCAAGAAACAGAAGAUGACAUUAGAAACUUUAGCAGCUAUGGAAGAUAAAUCAUGAUGCCUUAGAACCUUGCAAUAAAGAUAUUUAUAACAGUUAUAACUAACAGCAUGUCUCAAACUUUAAAAGGAAUUUAUAAUCAUAAAAUGCUUUUAAAGGCAACUGUUCUUGCUUCAAGUAUAUGGAAAAGAAUUUGUGGAUAUUCAAUUUCUCAACAAUGACAAAAAAGAUGCAGUAGAUGUGAAACAUAUUCUAAAUGAAAUUGUAUUACAGUAAACAGAUUAUUUUCUUGUAUUGUUAGCAAAUUGUGACAUUGAACUGUAUUAUAAAACCUGACAAAAGUAAAGAUAUUUCUUUCUAAAAGA